AAAAUACAUAUCAAAAUACAGAGGUAUGUUACUCUCUAUUUAUCUUGUGUAUUUUCAGUGAUUCAAUAUCUUCGACUGGGAGUAAAGGCAUAACACUAUAUUAUAUAGCGCCGUUGUCAUGGACUUUCGCAGAAAAAGUGUAAUUAUGUACACUGUGAUUAUUCCAUAAACCAAAUAAAUUAACAAAUACUUACGGGAUUACUUUUUAGAUACAUCUGCAACAUCAUAUAAGAACAAACAAAUGUGUUUGUGUAUAUAUAUACAUGUAUAAACUAUAUUCACAAUUUGCGAUGUAAAAUAGAUAAACCGUCACAUUAUUCAGUCCUUUUAAGAUUAUCUAGAUAACAAGUAAAUAUUAACAUGUUUUGCAUUUGUUUGUGAUCAUAACGUGUUUUGUAUACUUUGUUAAAGUAUCAAAUUUGUUUUCAUAAAUAAUAGUUAUGUAUUCUAAAUGCUUUGAUGCCCUCAAAAUUAGGCCCCUGAGUGACAGAAAAAGCACUUCACAAAAAGGAAUCGAAAAUAAAAACAGUCUUCCAUAUAGUUGUUUGAUGACCUUGAAUUAAAAAUAGGCGGCAUAAAGCUAAUAAAUGUGUCCUACAUUGGUAUUUACAGGUCGCGUAAUCUAUUAUUAUCUUCACUUAAACUUAAACUCACUAAAUCCGAUCAAUUCAUGUUGAUUCUGUUUUCUAUUUCACCUAUUGUUGUGGACUAAUAUAUUUUUAUAAAAUGUUGGAAUUAACAUUCAUUUUGGGCAUUAUCUGUAUGGUUUUAAUGAUGGUUCAUUUCUUGAAACGAUUUCACCAAACUAGAAACAAAAUAUAUCCUAAUGGGCCUUUUGGAUUUCCAAUUGUUGGUCACUUACCGUUGUUUGGAAAUUAUCCACCGGAAACAUUCAUGAAAUGGUGGAAGACGUAUGGUGACGUGUUUUCUAUACGACUUGGAAGCUGGAAUGCUGUUGUUGUCAAUGGUUACAAUGCUGUCAAGGCAGCUGGUGAACAUCCUGACGACGCAUUCAGUGGAAGACCAAACUUUGUUUCAAUGGAUAUCUUAAAUGAACGAAUCAAGGAGGUUACUUUUGCUUUCAGUAAUUUUUCGCCAGUUUAUUUGAAACAGAGAAAAUGGGCUGCUAAGGCUCUACGUUUAUUUACGUUCAAACGACGAGAAGUAAUUGAAGAGUUAGUUACGAAUGAGGCUAACGCAUUUGCAGAUAUUUUGGUGGAAAAAUACAACAGAAAUUCCGGUUCAAUAGAACUAGAUGUCCAAACUUUAGUUACAAGGAUAAUAUAUCAGUUUCUUUAUGGACGUGGUAAAUCUGUUGAUGUAGAGAGGCAUGUUAAAACAAUAAUAAAAACACUUGAAGAGUUCAAUGAACUGACUGGAAGUGGUAAUCCUUUUGACGUAUUGCCAUGGUUGCGGUAUAUUUUGCCUUUCAAAAUUGACAAGCUUGGAAAUAAUCUCGUACGGUCAUACAACAUCACGAAAGAACAAAUACGCGAACAUCAUGAAACAUUCACAGCAGGUAAAAUCAGAGAUGUUGCGGAUGCUAUCCUUGCUAGUGACGUUGAUGACGAAAGAAAUACAGAUGGAUACGUGUUAACAAGGGAAAGGCUGAACCUCACACUUGGUGACUUACAAGGAGCCGGUGUCGAUACAACAAAUAAAACCUUAUCGUGGCUGUUUCUCUUCAUGGCAAGAUUUCCUGAAAUCCAAGAACGAGUAUUUACAGAGAUAAAAGAUAUAGUUGGAACCAAAAGAAGCGUUAUGUUAACGGAUAAACCAGACCUGGUCUACACAAAUGCUGUAAUUUUAGAAGUCAUGCGAAUGGUAACCCAGCUUCCAUUUUCAGUUCCACAUUAUGCAGUGAAAAAAUGCAAAUUUACAAG